CAGUUUGAAGUUGAAGCAUGGCUGAAGUUUGAUGGCAAUUCGAUUUUUUUUUUCUUUUCUAGUUUCCUGGAUUUUGAAGCAACUACUUGUGAUAUUGGCACUUUGAAUACGAAAUCUUCUCAGUUUUCUUACAAACCAAAAUUGCCAAACUUAAACAUACAGAACUACACUGAUAUGAAAAAAAAAAUUGUAGCGUGGCACAUGGCGCUAACCUUGAUUGCCGAGUAUUAAGGCAGAGUAAAUCUGUCUGGGGUGCAAGACUUAAAACCACGUCAUUGAUAAAGUAUCAGAAUACUGUUGAAAGGAUCACAUUGAAAAUUACUUUGGACAAAUCCUAUUCUAAUUCCUUUUGUUGCUUCGGUGCCAUCAGAGAUUGUCGUUGUGGUUUAUUGUUGACGAGCAGACCCAAAGAUGGCGAUUCACAAUGUUUAUAUUGAUCGCGGAAACCAACAUUGCAAAGCGUCAACUCCAGAACCCGUGCCAUAUUCCCGGCAUUGUACAUCAUUAGAUUUAUAAACCGCUGUUCGAUUAAAAAAUGCAAUGGCUGGAAAAACUUGAUCGAUGCUAUGCAUUUUUUAUGCUUGACUGGUAUCUAUAACUUAUGAGCUUAAAAGCGGUCGUCGUCGGAGCUAUCUUUCCCCUAUUUGUAUUUUUGUUCCUGUCUUUUUUAAUCAGUUUUAUUAGUCAACAACUAAUUUCAAAUAGUAAUCAUUUUAUGUAUUCGACUUCCAAGGUCCUACACUGCCGUCAGAAUUGUGAUAAUUACAGAUGCAAGACAACAGUUUCGUCUGCUCGAGGACCUUUGUUUUCUUGUUGAUUCAAUCAGGUGUUACCAACAGGCGAUCGAUACUCUAUCGUACAUUGUCGAUAGUCUGUUAAUUCCUGGAUAACGCAUGUGCCCAUCUCUUCGUCGACGAGAUGAUUUAAAAACAAGUAUUCGGGCUAUAGGAGAUUCGGAUAGCACAUCAGACAGCGGAAAGAAACCUGCACAAACGGUAUCUAUUAAAAAGUAAUAAUCUGGUAGAUUACUGCGUCAGGGAAGCAAUACGUCAGAGUUGGAGCUCAAGACGUCAUCGUUUCCGGCUCACCGAUGAGGUUUUACGACCACGGUGUUCCUUCGUCCCUAGAAACCCAUGACAUCAUCAGUGUAGGAGGUGAAGAUUUACUGCUAUCCCAUUGGUCCGUCUGCAUUCUCAUCUUUCUAUUGGACGGCGCAGUUUACUGCGUCAUCAUUGACGUCACGGAUGGCUACGCCUCCAAAGUAUAUACAUGCACGUGCAUUCUGGGCGGUAAAGCAGUCGCCAUUCAGCUGUAGCCAGUCGAUGUGCAGCUUUGCAAAUCUGAGGGCUUCGUUGCUGUGUUAUUUUUCUGACUUGAACACUCACCUGGUGAACAAGUCAUCUUAGAACUGGCACUAAAACCUCAAAAGGCACAGAAAAACUUUUUCAACCGAUUUAGUUGCUAGACCAGGGUCACUUGUCUAAACGCAAGACAACACGAGACCCGUCCAUUUCAAAAUCCUGAAAAUUUGCUGGAAACACCAUUACGAUUAGUCCAGGCGGACGUCUGCUCCCUCCAACUCUCCAUGCUUUACAAUCGACGUGAACAUUGGGCCGAAGGUGGACUGUCUGGCGAGAAAUUUGGUCCAUUAGAUCUUCAUUUGGCAGCGAAUGGUCUUCCGUCUAUCGACCUAACCGGCGGUCACCUGUUUGGAGACAUCCAAGACACUUGGUCGCCGGCGUUCGCUGAUUGGACGCCCACCUCAUCGACGUCAGAUCUAUCCGAAUUCUCCGAGUCACCCACAUUUUCAAAUCACUGGGACCUCACCCUUACAGUUCACGAAUUGGCAUCCCAAACACCAGAGGGGCUACGGGACGCUGCGUCCGUGCCUUCACCUACCCAAGAAAUGAUGUUAAUUCAUACUCAGGGCCGACCGGAUCUUUGCGGAUUAGUUGGACGGAAUGUAAUGCAACAACCGCUCCAACAUCACAGCAUGGCUGCAUUUCCUCCAACAGAUUGGAUUUCAUCGAGCGUAGAGCCCGUCUCGAACAUAAUGGGACACGCACCAAGCAUCCAGUCAUCUUACGCACCGUCAGUUAUGUCUUCGCCAUCACUAGCCUCAGUUCACCAGAGCAGUUUUGACGAUUCAGAAAGCACCAGUCUUCAAGAAUGCUUCGAAGUGGCCAAUGAAUUUAUUAUGAAUCACACUGAUGGGACCAGCAAUACAAACAACUCAGACAAUUGCCUUUCGAUGGAUGUCGAAGAUGCCAGCGCGUUACUUACAGACGCCGCCGAAGCCUUGGCAGCUGCAGCCAUUCCGUUAACUAAUUUUCAAGACAAUUACACGCCAUCUAGAUUCCAGCCGGCAUCGUUUCAACCGAAAGAAGACUCAGUUAAUAAUUUCGGACAUCCGCAUAGUGCUGCCAUCUUGGAGAUGACAGCUUUUCAAGCUGCUGUCCAAUCCGUUCAGGCCCUUCGUCAACGACAGCCAGGACCAUCCAGCAGUAGUUCACUCAUCACGGAUGAUACUGCCCGUAAUCCGCCAUUAAAACGACAAGGACUCGUAUCGGCCACUCACGAUCCGAUUGCUAGACAUGCAGAACCAGCGUCACACCGCAGCGGUGGAUACAUCUGCCAUUACCCUUUAAAUUUGCCAAUCGGAUCUCGGCAUCCGACAGCCAAUGCUAACUUGCAGACGAAUACUCCAAUGGCUUCAACCUCUUUCGCCGUUCCAUCUACGAGCUUUGAGAGAACAGCAACUACGGAAAAAACAAGUCCGGCAUGCUCCGCUAUUGCUGGACGUUCUGAUCCGGCUGCCCGAUCAAAGUCUCCGUCGCAGUUGUGCGCGGUGUGCGGCGAUAACGCCGCUUGCCAACAUUAUGGUGUCAGGACUUGCGAAGGUUGCAAAGGAUUUUUCAAGCGUACAGUGCAAAAAGGAUCGAAAUACGUUUGCUUAGCGGACCGCAAUUGCCCGGUUGACAAGAGGAGACGCAAUCGCUGUCAGUUUUGCCGCUUCCAGAAAUGCUUAUCUGUUGGUAUGGUCAAAGAGGUUGUAAGAACGGACUCUUUAAAAGGUCGCCGAGGACGUUUGCCGUCCAAGCCAAAAUGCUCACAGGAAACGUCUCAUUCGCCGCCGGUUUCCUUAAUUACGGCACUCGUUCGAGCCCACCUCGACACUUCACCUGAAAUGGCUAAUUUUGAUUAUUCCAUGUACGUCGAACAAAGCGGAAACGAGAAGAACCAACUUGCUUCAUCGCAUACUACGGAAGUUCAGGCUGAUCAUAUCCAUCAGUUCUUUGCGCUGCUGACGACUUGCAUCGACGUCAUCAAAGUUUGGGCAGAAAAGAUUCCCGGAUUCUGCGAACUCUGCAAAGAGGACCAGGAGCUCUUGAUUCAGUCGGCCUGCUUGGAAAUCUUUGUCAUCCGGUUUGCCUACAGGAUUCGACCUGGUGACGAGAAGUUUAUCUUUGACAAUGGAGUUGUACUACAUUCAUCACAAUGUAAACCGAGCUUUGGACCGUGGCAUGGUGCCAUCAUCGAGUUUGCUCAUUCACUUCAUUCAAUGGAUAUUGACCUUUCGGCGUUUGCCUGUUUGGUGUCUCUUACACUGAUCACUGAGAGACACGGAUUACGUGACCCGCAAAAGGUGGAGCUACUUCAAAUGAAAAUAAUUUCUUCGCUGCGAGAUCACGUGACAUAUAACCCGGAAGCCCAAAGGAAGCCUCACUAUUUCUCUCGGUUACUGAGCAAGCUGCCAGAACUCCGCUCACUGAGUAUUCAAGGUCUGCAGCGGAUUUUUUAUUUGAAGGUGGAAGAUUUAGCUCCGGCUCCACCUCUAUUGGAAGCCAUUUUUAGCUCUAGUCUACCUUUUUGAUUAUGUUGUCGGCUGAGUGCCAUCACACGCGGAGAGGUUGGGCAGGUCGACCAUGUCUUAUUUCCUUGAGUCUACGUGACACUAGUCGUCCUAUUUCGAUUGGUCACCUGCUGCUUUUAAGGUUUUUAGAAGGUUAUUGGUUUAUUAUCUUUUGUCUGCAUCCAAGGAACAUUUCCUGGUGAAAUGGUGGGAUUCGCAUACAGACAAACGGUCGUACUGACCAACUUAACAUUUUUCGGGAGACUAUUUUUACUUAACAACUUGUCAAGCCUUGAUUGAAGGAACUUGUGUUCAUAAAUCGUUAAAUUAUUCGCUUUCAUAUCAACCACAUCCUCUAAAACGUGUUAUCAAAUCACCAUUGCAACUACAUCGUGUUUUUGGCUCUACUUUGCUACAAUGCAAAGAAGAAACCCAAAACCAUAUUUACUACUUUCAUUCACCAUAUUGUCAUUUCAUUCACUUUUUCUUAUUAAUACCGUUUUAUUUUUUUAAUUGUCUUUUUUCGACAGCUUUAAAUAUUUCCCUAAAAUUUUUACGACAGACCUUUAUUCUUAUACAUUUCAAAAUCCCAAAGUAGAAAAGCUCAGACCAUUUCCCGUUUCGAUGAUAUUCUAACGUGUUAUGUUCAGAGUAUAUUACCUGAACAAUAUUUUAUUACAUCCUUUGCCAAACGCAUCGUCUAGAUCGAAACCUGAGUAUGAUUGCAAAACAUUUAAUUGUAUGCAAUUCACGCUACCAACCAGAUCAAGACGUUUUCAUGAAUAGAUCUCUUUACAUAUUACUUCAUAUUACCUACAAGCAUUUAAUUACAAAUGAGUGUUACGUAGAAUAGUCUAUCAAAUAGUACUAUGUCCUCCAAUAUGUUACUUAAUCCCCUUUUUUAAAUGUUCUCUUUUUAUCCAAAAAUUGGAAUAACUUAUAUUUAUACUCUACAUCCCAUGUGGAUUUAUACUUUUAUACGAUUUAUACUCAAUGUUUUGAGAGGUGAUAUAUCAUGUAUAACAUAACCACCGUCACAGUUUAACUGGAGAACGAGUGUCUAAGUCAGACCCUAUUGGCUUUUUCUUUGUUAACAUUUCAAUAUUAAUGCAAUAUUGCCAAUACAUAACUGACCCCUUUA